CACACACACACACACACACUGCUCACACACUCUGCACUGUCUACUCAGUUACACAGCUGUGAGAAGACUUUACAGAUGAAUUGAAAGUGGAAUCGUGAGCUCUGAAUGUGGGAUAUUAUCACUCAUCAUCCAGCUGAGUGUUUCAGACCACAGAUGAAUCAGCAGUGUGACGGGUGAAGCUGUCAUGUUUUCCAAAACAUCAGGAAAUAUCACAGCAGCAGUGAUCCUCAUAUUACUGACAGGAGUUCAGGCUCAGCACAGUGUAACUCUCUCCUCUCAGAGUCUCUGUGCUGCUACUGGAUCUACAGUAAAAAUCUCCUGUAAAUAUACAACAGCUGAUUCCUCCAGAGUCAGAGAGAGAGAGUGGUAUCAGCUCCAGAACUCUGAUGGAGAAGAACGAGUCCUGAGUAAAGACCCUCAAUACUCAGCACGAGUUUCUGUAAGAACAGAGCAGAAUGACUGUGAUCUGACAGUGAGGGAUGUGAGAGUGAGAGACUCUGGAGUUUAUAACUUCAGAUUUAGAACAUCAAGCAGUGACUGGAUAUCAGCUUCAUCUGGAGUUAAUCUGACUGUUACAGAUUUGCAGGUGAAGGUGGAUCAUAAGACUGCAGGACGGAGAAAGAUAAAAGUGACCUGUAGCUCCACCUGCAGCCUCAGUGGAAACUUUAACUACCACUGGUACAGAAAUGGAGAAUACAAGACAUAUACAGAUGUAGCCUACACUGUGCUGGACUCUACCAAUUCAUCUCAUGAGGGCAGCUACUACUGUGGGUUGUAUGACAGCAGCGAUAAGUGGCAUCAGUCUCGUUCAGUGUGUGUUUUGGGUAAAGAGUGUUGGGGUGUGACUUACACUCCUGAACAUGUGUGUGCUCUGAAAGGAUCAUCAGUUGAUCUCUCCUGCUCUUAUAAACACCCUGGAGGACACACAGUGACUAAAUCAGUGUGGUUCAUUAAAGAGCAGGCUGGUGCUGAGCCUGUGGAUGUGAGAGAGGAUGAGGAGUAUCAGGGACGAGUGCAGUACAGACAGAGCUUCCAGAAUGACUGUAGUAUGAGAAUCACUCACCUGAGAGAGAGUGACGCUCAAACAUACAGAUUCAGAUUCUACACUGGUGGAGGUGAAUACACUGGACAACCUGGAGUCACUCUGUCUGUCACAGAUCUGGAGGUAACAGUGUCAGAGAUGCAUCAGGGGAGAAAGGUACUGAGAUGUAGCAGCAACUGCACUCUGCCCCACAACCCAGCUUACAUCUGGUACAAGAAUGGACAGCCUGUUUCUAAUCAGUAUAGUAAUGAACUGUAUCUGACUGACAGAACUGUGGAGGCAGGCAGCUACUCCUGCGCUGUAAGAGGACACGAGAAGCUCCGCUCACCUGCUGUCUGUGUUUUUGAUCAGAACAGCUGCUGGAGUGUGUCUUACUCCACCCAGAAUAUCUGUGCUCUCAUUGGCUCAUCAGUGGACAUCCACAGUUACUACACCUUCCCUGGUGAGCAGCUUGACCCCCAGCCUGCCUGGUACAUCAGACUCCUCCCACAGGACAAAGAGCUGAGUCCUGCAGACGGCAGAGUGGAGUUUUUCAGUAACAGAGUUAAUAUGAACACAUUGAGAAUGAAACAUCUCAGAGAGAGUGACUCAGCGGAAUAUCUCCUCCGAUUUAAAGCUCCCUACUGGAAUCACACACACAACCCUGCUGGGGUCUCUCUCUCUGUCACAGGCCUGCAGGUGAAAGUGGAACCUGUUCCAGUCACAGUGUCAGAGGAACAGACAGUAACACUGAUGUGUAGCAGCACCUGCACUCUUUCCAACAACCCCACUUACAUCUGGUACAAGAACAGACAGCCUGUGAUUCACUGCAAAUCUGCCUCCUGCUCUGUAGCUGUGGUCAGUGUUGAGGUCAGCUACAGCUGUGCUGUUGAAGGCCAUGAGAACCUCCACUCUCCUCCAGUGUAUUCUCCAAGAAACACCAGAGCAGUGAUUGUUUCCUCUGGAGAGAUAGUGGAGGGAGAUUCAGUGACUCUGAGCUGCAGCAGUGAUGCAAACCCUCCUAUUCUCAUCUACUCCUGGUUUAAGCAGAGAGCAGCUGCAGAUGCACCACUGACAACAGGCCAGAACUACACCAUCACCAACAUCAGCUCCCAGCACAGUGGACUCUACUACUGCACUGCUCACAACCAGCUAGGACUGCACAGCUCAACACCCACCAGUCUGGAUGUGUUACACUGGAUGCACAUGUUCCCCACAUCAGCCAACUCAGCUGAGUUGUGGAAGCUGAAUGCUGUUUGGGGAGCUGUUGGAGUCGUUCCUGUUCUGGCUCUCUCUCUUCUUACUGCUGUUCUGUGCAUUAAGAGGAAGAGAGGAGCAGAGAGAGACACAGAUAUUCAGACUCCAGAUCCUGCAGACCACACAUACACAGCUCUGAAUCCCACCACCAUGACCUCAGAUUAUGACACUCUACAACAUCUUACAGACUCUCCCAGUGACACGUACUCAACACUAAACCCUGAAACCAUGAGCUCUGAUUACGACACUCUGACAGCUGUUCAUCCUCACAGAGAGAAGAGAAGAGCUCCAGAGAUGAAGAAUGAAAACUUUUACGGAGAUUAUAACAAGCCAGAUACUGUCUUAAAGUAAUAUUUGUCACCUGAGUUACUUUUAUUUCUUAAGUAUCUUUUUCCUGUGUUGUACAAAUUCACAUAAUAAUAAGCCAGAAUCAGGCAGUUCUGCCAAUUCUGUCAAUAGAUUUGGAUGCUUUGGGCCAUGUAUGGAUAUAGGAGAUAUAUCAGUGUUUACCACUUAGUUUAUUUGUAUAUUCAUAUGUUUUAUCAAAAACUGCAGAGUUCACUGUUUUCCCUCUUUAACACUGUGUAGUGCUGUGGUUCUCCAGGACUGGAGUCUCCCUGUUUUUAAAUCAUAUCAUUUUUGUUUUGGUUUUUUUCAUUAUUAUUCUGGUUAUUUUUCAUUAUUAUUCUGAAUAGUGUGGUAUGAGAACACAUUGAAAUAAAGCUUUGAAGCAGCUUUUA